GUUGUUCAACGAACCAACCAGCCUAGCGACGCCGACGCCGCCACGUCCCAACGAAAAAGAAACAAAAAAGAAGAAGAGGACAGACUGCCAGAGUCAUGGCGGCCACGAGCUCCGCCUGCGCGUGCGCGGCGGUAGCGCUCGCGUCCUUCCCGUCCGCCGCCUCCACCUCCGCCCCUUCCCGCGUCUCGGCCAGCAGCCACCGCGGUCAGCGGCACUCCAGGGCCGCCACCGUCAGAUGUUCCAGCACGUCGCCCAACGUGUCCCAGGGCGCGCCGGCGCCGGCGCCGCCCAAGCCGCAAAUCGAGCUCGAGUUCGUCGGGCCGAAGCCCGGUGCCGACGGCUCCUUCCCGGUGGACCGGGCGGAGGCGGCCAGCGGCGAGAAGCUCCUCCGUGACGUCAUGAACGAGAACAAGAUCGAGCUCUACGCCGCAUACGGUAAGGUGAUGAACUGCGGUGGCGGCGGAAGUUGCGGCACUUGCAUCGUCGAGAUAAUCGAUGGAAAGGAGCUCCUGAAUGAGAGGACGAACACCGAGAAUCGGUACCUGAAGAAGAAACCAGACUCAUGGAGGCUAGCUUGCCAGACUAUUGUAGGCAACAAAGAGAACUCUGGCAAGGUUGUGGUCCAACGGCUGCCCCAGUGGAAGAGAUGACCGUGCAGUGCAGCACCACGUUGGUGGAUGAUUGAUCGUCCAGUUGUAUGUCACUAAAACGCCAUGCCCUGUGCAUUAGAGAAGAGACAGAAUCACCUCGUCAUAUCGCUUGUGACCAGUUCUCUGAUACUAGUUUGCAAGUCUGGGCUUCGGUCCACAGUAUAUAUGUGGGAUAUAUAUCUGUAAACAAAAAAAACAAGAAGGCAGGGCAUGUUGGGAUAUAUAUCUGUAAACAAAAAAACAAGUUUGGGCUUCGGUCCACAGUAUAUAAGCUGUUUUCACAAA